UUUUUUUUUGCACUUUGCGACUUUAAUAACUAUGUUUCUUAGGAAAUUCUACAUGGAAAAAAGUUGAUAGUUGUUUUUUCUAGUAAAUUGACAUGUAUUGUGUCUUAAAAUAUACCAAGGGGGUUACCAUGUGAUUCUGAUUUCUGAUAGAUCGAAUAUAUGGUACAUAAAUAGCGUCCUUUUAUGUUUAAAGAUCAAUGACUCCGCUUUAACAUACAGUUUUAGUAUAUGUGUGGAUAGAAACGCUGGAAGAAGUUGAUGGGUGCUACAAACUCAAAAGUGGAAGAAGAUAAGGCCCUGCAACUAUGCCGUGAACGGAAAAAGUAUGUUGGAAAAGCACUGGAUGGCAGAUGUUCGCUUGCAGCUACUCAUUUUACUUAUAUAGAAUCCUUAACAAUUAUUGGAAGUGCGUUAAGAAGAUUUGUUGAACCCGAUGCUACAAUGCAGCCCUCUUUAUAUACUUCCAUCAGUGGAACUCCAGAGCAACUUGCAUUUUCUUUCUCUUCAACCAUGUCACAACAUGUAAAUCCAGCUGGAAAUCGAUCUCCAACACCAUCUCCACCAACUUCCAGUCGGUUUCAUGCAAAUCAUAUGAAGAUCAGAGGUUCGUUUUCUAGAAAAGUUGAAGAAAAGCCAUCUGUUCCUGUAAUUGUUUCUGUAACUUCUUCAAGUACCCCGCAAACCACCACUCCCCGAUCCAUAGAUGAACCAGAAAUCCCGUUUGAACCUUCUCCUGUUGUGCCUGAAAAAGAACCAGAAACCCCGUUUGACCCUUCUCCUGCUGUGCGUAAAAAAGAACCAGAAACCCCGUUUAACCCUUCUUCUGCUGUGCCUGAAAGUCAACCUUGGGAUUAUUUUGGUCUUACACAUCCAAUCGACAAUGAGUUUUCUGCACAAGAAACACAUGAAUUAAAUCACGGGCAUGAAACUUAUAAUGACAUGCAAAUCCCAAGGGAAGGCGAAGAAGAAAAAAGCCCGACUGAAGGGAGUGUAACGUAUCAAGAAUCAGAAGACGAGUUUGAUGAGUCAGAUACAGAUGGGUUGGUGAGAAGUUUUGAAAAUGUUAAUCGCGUAGUGGAUAAUGUUAGUGGAAUCGGUUUGCGUUCCAUGUCAUCUGCAGAAAGCAUGACACCAGAAACUGAAAUAUUGAAUGGGGAAAAGGGUAAUUCUCCUUAUUUAUCACCGUUAAAACGAAAAACAUCUGGUGUUAGGAAUAUUGCAAUUCCUCAAGAAGAAAAGACAGAAGUGGUCAAAGAAGCUCCUGAAAAUAGGCCGGUACCUAAAGAUUUAAUUUCAAGCAUGAGAGAUAUCGAACAAUUAUUUAUAAAAGCUUCUGAGUGUGGAAGAGAAGUUCCAAGAAUGCUUGAAGCCAACAAGCUUCACUUUCGUCCCAUUUUCCAAGGGAAAGAACGUGGGUCGUUCACUUCAAAGCUUUUAAAAGCAUGUAUGUCAUGCGGGGAUGAUCCAAGCCAAGUACAGGAAGAAGAACCUGCUCAAAACGACACAAAGUAUUUGACAUGGAAUCGGUCGAAUUCAUCACGUGCAUCAUCAUUCAGGCAUGAUCCCGCCAGUGGCACUACCAGAGAAACUCCAGAGGAUGUCUCCACUAGCCUCUUUGAUAACUUUUGCAUGAACGCAGGAAGCCAUGCUUCAACCUUGGAUAGACUCCAUGCAUGGGAGAAGAAGCUUUAUGAUGAAGUAAAGGCCAAUGAGAUGCUAAGAAAGGUGUAUGAUCAGAAACGUAAACUUCUUAGGCAAUUAGAGUCCACCGGAGAAAGCUCACGUAGAAUAGAUAAGAUUCGUUCAAUUGUCAAAGAUCUACAUUGGAGAAUUGGAGUUGCUAUCCACAGGAUUAAUUCUAUUUCAAGAAAAAUCGAAGAUCUUAGAGACAAAGAACUUCAUCCACAACUUGAGGAGUUAAUUGAAGGGUUGAGAAAGAUGUGGGAAGUGAUGCAUGAUUGCCAUAAGACUCAAUUCCUCAUCAUAUCGUCAACACAUAAAAGCACCCACACCAAAAUCUCCCUACAAUCAGACUCACAUCGACAGAUCGCCGUCUAUCUUGAAAGCGAAUUGAAUACUCUUUCUUCAAGUUUCACAAAGUGGAUCGGUGCACAAAAAACCUACGUACAGUCACUAAACAUGUGGCUUAGCAAAUGUGCUCCGCCUCAGCAAUCAGUUAAUAAGAGAAAAAGACGCCCACAACCCUCAUUAAAAGACUUUGGCCCGCCGAUAUACGUUGCGUGUGGUGUCUGGCUAGAAAAGCUUGACACACUACCAACUAAAGAAGUUGCAGACUCCAUAAAAGAUUUAGCUGCAGAAAUCGGCCAUUUCUUGCCCCGACAAGAAAAAGUCAAAGGUGGGCAUCAUUCGAUGCCAUGGCAGCGUGUUAACAACAGUGAUGAUCCCGUAGGGGUGAAUCUGUUACAAGAGGAAGUUUUGGAGGACCGAAAUGCAAAUUUUGAUCGUUUGAAAUCCCGCUUGGAGGGCUUUCUUGGACAGUUGAGUAACUUUUCAGGGUUAUCUUUCGAAAUGUUUAAAGAUCUUCAGAAGGCCAUCGAAGAUAGGAAGAUCCGCUAUGCACGAACUCACUCCAAGUCUUCGUAGACAAACUGAAAUAAAUCUUUCGACAAAGAUUCUUGAAGAUUUGUACAUGAAAAGGAAAUAAUUGAAUAAAUGGUGAGAGAUGCUUACCAUGUUUAAGCGAACUGGAGGUAAUAUAUGAGAAUAUUAUAUUAUAUAAUAUACUAUUAAAUAUUUAUAUAGAAGUCGGUUUUGGGUUCAGACUGUAUAAAGCAGGAGCGCGUAUAGCGUAAAGGAGUAUCAGGUACAAAUUCGCCCUGGUACAUCAUGUUCCGGUAUGUGAUGGUCGUUGGAAAUCUUUGUAGUCAGUCUCUUCAUUGCAUUUUCUCAACCUAAAUUUGUUGUGGUCUCUCAAAACAUGUACAUUGGUAUAUUUAUGUUUCUGGAAAGAGCAGGCAAUUAAUUGGUCUUAUAGGAAGGAGUAUGUUGUAAUAAAAAGUUGAAUUCUGUA